AUGCUCGACACCGGCACACUGCCAACAGGCAGCGCGCAUCAAACAGCGCAUACAGCCACUUCCGCCACCGAGUUCCAAGACUUGCACGCACCUGCAUGGGUUCGAAUGCUCCUUGAGCAGCAAGCUAACGCCAAUCGUCUCAUGCUCGAGCAACAGGCUAACGUCAAUCGUCUCCUCGAGGGCCUCUUGGUUGGUCAAGGCCCCCGCAGUCAACACUCGCAAUCGAUGCCCGAUCGCAACACUCCUAACUCUCCGCAUCUCCCCGAUGAUGCACGCGACGAGCGCAACAAUGCGCGCGACCAAGGCAACAUUGUGCGCGACGAGCAUACCCCGCCGGCGCCCCAGCUUUUCGUACGCUCUCUGAGGCCCGAGGAGAUCGCCACCUUUAAUCCCAGCUCGGGAGACGACGUCGAAGUCUUCUGCCGGCGCAUACAAGACAUGGCUGCCGUCAAGAGUCAGGCUGCCAUUUGCGAAAUUCUGCCGCAGUGCCUGCGAUCGACCGCAACCGACUGGUACACUAACUUAAGCGAGACUGAACACGCCCAGCUACGGGCGAGCACUUCCGCUUGGACCCGGCUCCUUCGCGACCGGUUCGGAAUGAGCGUUACCGAAGCUCAUAGCACACUCAGUAACCUCUGCUACGACAUAGCGAGCGACUACCAUGCUUACCAUGAGCGCAAGAUACGAUUGGCGCGAAUCGCUGGUAUUAACACGGAACAGGUCGUCCAUUAUAUCUUUGCUGGCUUGCCCUUCGAAAUGAGGAACGCCCUUGCUAGCAGCCUGGAAGGCAAGGAAGCUGGAGACCUCAAUGUCUUCCGUCGUCGCUGUCUGGCGCAAAGAGCGACACUGCUCACACGUCGGUCCGAGCAGCGGCAGACGCCAGCUCCGGCUUUCAACCAGACGGUACAAGCACCUCGACCUCACCAAAACGUAAGCUCUCCGCCGGACCUACAGCGGCGCGCCUUGGCUGAUCGCGUGGUACAAAGACCGCCCCCGCGUCCUUGUCGUCAUCGCGGCGGCUCACAUUGGGACGUCGAUUGUACCAAGAUGGAAAAGCCCUCUGUCGAAACUCAUCAAAACCGAACGCCAACAACUCCUCUCUUCCGACUCCCAACAGACGUCUGGUUACAUAUCUUCAUCCAUCUCUCGCCCUCCAACCUCUCUUCACUCUCCCUCACAUCUCGACAUGCAUUGCGGCUGGUAGACGUACACGCAUUCAAACACAUCUUCACCUCGCAAUACCCUCUACUUUCGCCGGACCGGAUCGAAUGCUACUACCAACAUUGGCUACAAGGAAGGAAGGGUGGAAGGAGAAGGUCGAAGUGGUGGUUUGCUUGUCUUUAUGCACAUGCACUCAGACUGUGCUGGGAUAAGCUGAUGUUGCGGCGUAGAUCGAUACCGAUUCCGGUCGCAGAGAAGAAUAACAAUGCGGGCAGAGGUGGUGGGAGGGAGAGGAGCACGUUUUGGAUGAAAUUUGCGAUCCCCACUCUAACCCUUGGUACAGAGUACGCUGUGGUAGGGGUCAGGUCUGAGCUGAUGGUGUAUAGUGCUAGGGACAUGAAGAUGCUAGGUAGGCUGAGGUUGAAUAGUAAACCACCAGAUACAGCGGCAGAGGGAGAAAAGGGGGUUGAUGAUCCCUGGUUAGACAUUACAGUUUUACAGAAGCUAGAUGAGGCAGGCAGGAGGUUGGGGGUUGGAUUUGCUAAUGGUGCGGUUCAACUCAUAACCUUUUCCAGCAAGAAAGACCAGCUGAAGUUUGAGGUAGAGCAUCAUCUCCUGAACAGCAAAAGACAGGAGAUAGCCGGGCUAUCAAUACAACCUUCCAUCCUACUAACAGGGUCAGAGAUAAUCGCCUCUCUUUCAAAGAGAGGCAACCUUCGCUUGCAUCACAUCAAGAAAUCAGGUUCGGUAGAAACACAGUCAUGGGGUAUAGAUUCAGAAGGCGUCGCCACACCAUCAAGUUCUUCUGUUCAAGUGUCCGAAGAAGAAAUGAGGCCAGGAAGCAAUACUCCUUCGAGGACUACUUAUCGUGGUGCUGCGUCCAACAAUGCCCCUUGGCAACUUGAGGAUAUUUACAGAAUGAACUGGGCUGGUGGAAGGGGCGAUAUAAGAGCUUGGAGUGUUCUUUUGGGUAGUAGUACCGACUUGCGGCACGAUUCAGACGGGAAGAAUUGGGAAAAUCAAAGAUGGGUUGCAGUCGGCAUUACGGCUGAUCCCGCCGUCUACAUCUAUCCCAUACACCAAACUCAGAGCGGGAAAGGUGUAGAGCUAGGGGAAGCAUGGCGCAUAGCAUCAACAGGAGAGCGAAUGAGCGUUUAUGCUUUGGCCACACCUCCCCCGGGAUCACUUCUACCUGCGUUUUUGUUGUUUGUUGGCUUCUACGACGGUGUAGUACGCGUUUACGACACACGACAGCUACACCCUCGCUCUACCACCGAGGGCGAAGGAGAAAUAGAAGCGCUGAAUGGAGCAUUAACCCAGCUCACACUCAACGGUACACCCCGCCGGCGCAGAAUUAGGCGAGAACUAAACCCUAUAGCAGUGUUUAAGGAGGAGUUGGACGCGGACGCUAUCUAUAGUCUUUCUUUUGGUGGACCGCAGGGAACAAUGGUGGUUGUGGGUGGGGCUAGACAUGCCAAGGUCAAAGUGUUUGAUGCGGAGAUGCUGAGUGGGUAUGAUUUGCCGUUGCUCUCGGCGCCAGUGGGUGUGGAAGGGGAGAGGCAAGGGAGCAGGGGUGGAGAUUGGACCGCUUUUGCGUUGCAUAGUACGGAUAGUCCUGUGUAUGGGGUUGUGGGCGAAGCGGAGAGGGUCCUCGGGGUUACGGACAGCAGGAUUUGGUGGUUUGACUUUGCCCCAUCCCUUUGCGCUGCUAUAGAAGGGAAAGAUGGGAAAGGGGAAGGAGGAAGAGUUGCAUAUUUCAGACACCAAGAUGUAAUCCUCUCCUACUCUACACCACACUUUGUACACUAA